AUGACUCCAGACACAGGACAUUUAUUGAUUACUUCUACAGCCCCGCAUUGAGGGGAAAAACAAACUCUCGUAGUCCUAAACAAAAACAUUGUGGUAACGACGGAGAAGCCAUGAGGAGCCCCAAAGAUGUCUGAAUCGCAGUUCAACAACAAAUUAACCGAAGAAAUUACGACUGAAAUAACGGAAGUCGAGGAAAUCGAAUCUCCGUCAUCAGCAUCGAAUUGCGAGCGUUCGUUUCCCCCGGAAGUACCGGGGAUUUCCUCGACGAUGAAUCCAAAAUUCGAUUCCCUGACGUCAAAUGACCGAGAUAUACCAGAUUUCCUGGCAAACGAGAGAAAGAUCGAAGCCCACAGGUAUUUAGUGUCGAAAAGUACCCAAACCCAGUGGAAAGAUCAAGGAGGUGACCUAUUAACAAGUGAAUUGACCAGUCCAACAACUCCUCGAGCAAAGAAACCCUUACAAGCACCUCCCAACAGGCACAGCCAAGAGCUCAUGCUGACGAGAUCGCAGUUGUCAAACGUCCACCGAAAAUAUCAACAGCUGAAAAUACGAUUUCAUCGGCUCCACACCGAUUACUACAAAUUAAUGAGCAUAACCGGUGAAUUAACGUCGUCACUGUCGAGCUCAAUUCAUCAUGAGCCAGUAUCGAUAGAGGCAACGUUGAAAAAUUGCAUGAGAAUUUACCCAGAUUUGUUCGACAAGAACAUUCGCGACAGCAAGAUUUCUCUGUGCGAUAGUGAUAAUUACGAGAGAAACGGUAACAAGUCGGUUCUGGUGACAGUGCCACUUCUGCCAAAGCAGCUGAACUAUAGGAAGAUUAAAUUUCAUCUCAUCAGUGGAAAUGUCAGGGUAAAACUGUUGCUCCUCCAGGCACUGAGGUGGAAGAUCACUCUGAGUCAACCGGACGAGAGGGACGAGAUUGUUAAUGAGUUUAUCAACAGCGAUUUGCUCGGUCUGCAUGGGCAGAUCGCUGGGGACUCAGGGAGAGCUAUUCUCCCUUAUUUGCUGGUACCUCUCGAUGUUGUACAGCCACACCCGGUCCAGCAGUCUGCUGCCAGACUGUUGAACACUUUUGCUUCCUUGAAAUGCGGAAGGGAUUAUCUUGCGAUGGGACCCACGGUGCUGAAUGUGGUGGUACAGUGCCUCGAUAGUACCCAGGCAGACUCGAUAGACGCAUUCACCUGCGAUAUGAUAAUCGCCAUGCUGCAAAAACUCUCGUUGAGAAGACAUCAGCGAUUAUACAUGAUUGCCUCUGGCCUCGUUGAAUGGCUCAUUCAUCAUCUGAAAGCCGAGUGCCACUCAAUGGGCUCGUACAGGCUUGAGUAUGCUACUGCUUUGUUAAUGAACCUAUCGUUGCAUAAAGAGGCGCAGAUAAGAGCCGCAGCUAUCGCUACCAUGGUCAUGUCCACCCUGAUUGCCUUGUUAUCUACUGAACAUUUGCCAGCAUUACCGUACAUAAACGGGGCAUUGAACAGCUUUCUCGCUAAUAGCUCCAUCAAUGAGGAAGCCAAAUUAAUGGGACUUGGACCUAUUCUGGAGUAUCACCGGAAGCACAGAACCGGAGAAUUGAGAAAACACUUGGAGUAUAUUCUUAUGAGACAUCGAAGACAACCAAAUGAAACGAUCGAAGAAUUAUUGAACGACGAUGACGAUCGGGAAGAGUUUGAUGUUCUUGAAGAUGAGUUGGAUGAGAUGGACCCGGUGAAAGUCAACAUUGGGGACCUCUUUGGCGACACAUUGUUAUCAAGUUGCUAUUCCUUAGCUACCGAUCUCCCUCCUGAUAGCCUUGACGUACUACAGGCGAAAUCACCGACUGUGGUGCAACGCAUUUCAGAGUCUAUUUUAAGUGAAUUGAAAGAUAGAGAGGAUGAUGUAGAGGAUGAAACAAUCAACCGGAAGAAUCUAUCCUCCAGGGAAAGUUCCACAAAUGCAACGACUGCGGUAGCGUCUGGCGAUCCAAUUCAAGUUGAGAAUGAAGUGGGCAGUAUCCCAUCAUUUGGUGCGGCUGAAGUGACGCGGAUGAACGAUUCAACUCGAAAUGAUGAGGAGGAGGCGUUCGCGGCGAAGCCCAAGAUCACGCGCACUCCACCUCCAUCAGCCGCAGCACAUGGAAUAAUCAGCAAUUCAUCGAGGACUUCACCAAUCAGGGUACGGCAAGCCUAAUCAGUCCCCAAGCGACACGUCUUCUACAAACUUUACGAAUACCCAAAGUAAGAAGUACCAGAGCCUGCUGUAUUAGGAUGCCCACUGGUCCCAGAAUACCCGGGUGAGUGGCUGUAACUACUACUGGGACUGCCAUAAUGAUGCCCAGAAGAGAAAGGCCCAGCGCUCCUGACCUUGUACCCAGAUCCCCCCGAGAACAUGCCACUGGGAUAACUGGACUCAGGAUGCAUCAGAGCGUGCGUUCCAGAUCCAUCCUUGAUAAUGAUGAUUUUGCCAGCGCCUUUGGGAAAGCCACCGCUGAAGAAGGGCCCCGGGGACUUAGAGUAGCUGGCGCUGGCGAGGGCUGGGUGGAUGUAGUUGGACGAAUGACUGGGGCCAGACGAGUGGUAACUUCCAGGGGACUCCCUGUGAAGGCUGCUCAUGAAGCUCUUCAGGGCGCUUGGAGAGAGCCUGUGACCAUCGGAGAAGCUGCUCUGGGCGGAUUCGCCGGCGUAGGAAGAUCCCGGUUGUUUUCCUCCGAUGAAUGAUCCUGAGUGCGCUGGGUAGGAGGCGUGACCCGCCGAUGUCGAGGGUGAGUGACUCGCGUAAUUUACGUUUGAACUCGAGGGAUAAGAAGUGCCGUGCUGGCUGCUAGGAUGAUUAACGCUGCUGGAGUAGGCGGCUGCUUUUGCCACCGAGUAACCACUCAACGGGGACGACGAGUAUGACGACGACGCCGUUGAUGGGGAAGCAUACUCUACCCCCAAGUCCUGAUUUGAUCCUUGACUCCCACUGUAUCCCGAGAAGCUGACAGAUCCUGAGGAGG